AUGAAGUUGCUGCCGCGGGAGAUCGAGAAGUUAGGUCUUCAUCAAGCUGGUUUCCUUGCUCAGAAGCGUCUUGCUCGUGGUAUUAGACUCAAUUACACUGAAGCUGUAGCCCUCAUUGCCACUCAGAUUCUUGAGUUUGUUCGUGAUGGUGAUAAAAGCGUGGCUGAGCUCAUGGAACUUGGCAGACAACUAUUAGGAAGGAGACAGGUUCUUCCUCCUGUCGUACAUCUUCUGUAUACAGUUCAGGUCGAAGGGACAUUUCAUGAUGGUACAAAGCUAAUCACCGUUCAUGAACCCAUUUCUCGUGAAGACGGGAACCUUGAACUAGCUUUACAUGGAUCUUUCCUUCCAGUCCCUUCACUGGAUAAAUUUCCUGAAGCUCAGGAUGAAGUGAUUCCUGGCAAUAUAACAUAUGGAGAUGGAAGUAUAAUAAUAAAUCAUGGAAGGAAAGCUAUAGUCUUGAAGGUCGUCAACACUGGGGACAGACCAGUACAGGUUGGGAGUCACUACCAUUUCAUUGAAGUGAAUCCAUUGUUGGUGUUUGACAGACGCAAAGCUCUUGGUAUGCGUCUAAACAUACCAGCUGGAACAGCUGUACGGUUUGAGCCAGGAGAAAGGAAAAGCGUUGUGCUUGUGAAUAUCGGUGGAAAUAAAGUGAUAAGAGGAGGAAAUGGAAUAGUUGACGGCCCGGUUGAUGAUGUCAAUUGGACAGUUUUGAUGGAAACCAUGGAGAGGAGAGGCUUCAGACACCUAGAAGAAGGAGAUGCUAGUGAGGGGAUCUCAGGGGAAGAUCCUACAUUUACUACUACACUUUCUCGUGAAAAGUAUGCAAAUAUGUAUGGUCCUACCACUGGUGACAAGCUUAGGCUGGGUGACACCAACUUAUAUGCAAGAAUAGAAAAAGAUUACACUGUUUAUGGCGAUGAAUGUGUAUUUGGAGGUGGAAAAGUUCUAAGAGAAGGCAUGGGUCAAGGAAUAGAGCAUUCUGAUGCUCUUCUUUCCUUGGAUACUGUUAUUACCAAUAGUGUGAUAAUUGAUUACUCAGGAAUAUAUAAGGCAGAUAUUGGCAUUAAAAAUGGUUAUAUCAUCGGUAUUGGGAAGGCAGGCAAUCCAGAUACCAUGCAUGGUGUGCAGAGCAAUAUGCUUAUUGGGGCCAAGACUGAGGUUAUUGCUGGAGAAGAGAUGAUUGUAACUGCAGGAGCUAUAGAUUGUCAUGUGCAUUUCAUAUGUCCUCAAUUGGUAUAUGAAGCAGUGUCAAGCGGCAUCACAACUAUGGUUGGAGGAGGAACAGGGCCUGCUUAUGGUACACGUGCUACCACCUGCACCCCUUCUCCGUUCGAUAUGAAGUUGAUGCUGCAGUCCACGGAUAGUCUGCCUCUAAACUUUGGGUUUACAGGGAAGGGAAACACAUCUAAACCCUUGGAGCUUCGUCAGAUACUGGAGGCUGGGGCAAUGGGUUUAAAGCUCCAUGAGGACUGGGGAACUACUCCUGCUGCCAUAGACAAUUGCUUAGCAGUUGCAGAAGAAUAUGAUAUACAAGUGAACAUACAUACUGACACCUUAAACGAGUCUGGUUUUGUGGAGCACACAAUCGAUGCAUUUCGAGGGAGAACAAUACAUACAUACCACAGCGAAGGUGCUGGUGGUGGACAUGCACCUGAUAUCAUCAGAGUUUGUGGUGUAAAAAAUGUACUCCCCUCAUCAACCAACCCAACACGGCCAUAUACAAAAAAUACCAUAGAUGAACACCUAGACAUGUUGAUGGUGUGCCAUCACCUUGACAAGAACAUCCCAGAAGAUGUAGCUUUUGCUGAAUCAAGGAUAAGAGCUGAAACAAUAGCAGCAGAGGACAUUUUGCAUGAUAUGGGAGCAAUCAGCAUUAUUUCCUCUGACUCACAAGCCAUGGGUCGCAUUGGAGAGGUAAUAAGCAGAACUUGGCAGACUGCUGACAAGAUGAAGGCUCAGAGGGGAGUGAUUGGUUCUAGCACAGCUGGUGAUGAUAACGCGAGGAUAAAGAGAUACAUUGCAAAGUACACCAUAAACCCAGCUAUAGCCAACGGGUUUUCUGACUUAAUUGGCUCCGUUGAGGAGAAGAAGCUGGCUGAUCUGGUUUUGUGGAAGCCAGCUUUCUUCGGAGCAAAACCAGAAAUGAUUAUUAAAGGUGGAAAUAUAGCUUGGGCUAAUAUGGGCGAUGCAAAUGCUAGCAUACCCACUCCGGAGCCGGUCAUAUCAAGACCUAUGUUUGGUGCAUUUGGAAAGGCUGGAAGUGAAAACUCUGUUGCAUUUGUCAGCAAGGCUGCCUUGAGAAACGGGGUAAAAGAAGUAUAUGGACUGAAGAAGAGGGUUGUAGCCGUAUCCAACGUGAGGCAGCUCACAAAACUCGACAUGAAGCUGAAUGAUGCGCUUCCAAACAUCACCGUGGACCCAGAGACAUACGUUGUCACGGCAGAUGGUGAGGUACUUUCGUGUGCGCCAGCCAGUUCAGUCCCUCUCUCCCGGAACUAUUUCCUCUUUUAAGGUUGUAAUUUGCUUUGUGGGGUCAUAGGCACUGCUAACUAAAGCACUAUAGCAAGCAUACGCAUAGGUGCUGGAUUUGUAAUAAUAAUAGCUACUCUGAAGAAUUUUUUUCCUAAAAAAAGCUGCGAGAAGCAAAUAUAAAUUGGUGAGCAAUUUUUAGAUUGGAUUGAAACAACUUUUUUUUAUAAGAAAGAGAUCAAUGCAAUUUGACUCUGUUUAGUUUC